CUUCAAAAUAUAUGUUCCAAAGCAGAGAGAAAACAUUUGGAAUUACUGCACAAUUCUUGAAUUUUAGCCAUUGUAUUCUUUCUAAUUCUUUCUAAACAAUUCAUUACUUGAGAUCUCACAAGGCCCGACCAAUCAACAAACCUAGCCAUCAGCAUGUCUAAGAAUAACUAUAAAGACAUUGUUGUCACCAUCCAAAACAAGAUAGGAAUCAUCAAAUUCAAUCGUCCUCAAGCUCUUAAUUCUCUGGGAGGAAGUCUAGUACCCGAGACCAUUGCUGCUCUACGAGAACUAAAUGAGCAUCCCGACACCGUAUUCACAGUUUUAACAGGAGAGGGUAGAUUUUUCUGUGCCGGUGCAGAUGUCAGACAAGAUGGCGCAUUAUCUGGCAAGAAGGAAUAUGCCAAUGCCGCGGAAAAGAAAAUUACAUACCUCUCUAAAUUUACCUUAUCUCUCGAACUCAUGCGCUCAAUAAUCGACCAUAGCAAAGUUUUCAUCCUCGCUCUAAAUGGGCCGGCAGUAGGAGCUGGAGCGGCAUGGUUUCCUGGGGUAGCUGAUAUUGUCCUCGCGUCUACAUCAACCUACCUCCAAAUUCCAUUCUCGGCACUUGGUUUAGUUCCAGAAUGUGGCUCGGCUAUUUCACUAACCCAAUCCAUGGGUGUUCAUCGCGCUAAUGAAUUCUUGAUGUUUGGAGGAAAGCUUACUGCAGAUGAUAUAUUAUCAUUUGGGAUUGCUAAUCGAAUCUUUGAGAAAGAAGGAUUCGAGGAGAAGGUGAUUGAGUACUUGGGAGGUAUUUUGAAGACUAAUGAUGGGAAGAGUAUGAUGGAGGCGAAGAGAUUGCAGAACUUGCCAUUGAGAGAUUCGAGAAUAUUGGCGGUGUAUAAUUCGAUUGAUGCGUUGGCUGAGAGAUUUGUUGAUGGAGCGCCAUUUGAAAGAUUUGAAGCUAAGAGAAAGGAAAUGGAGGCCAAAUCUAAAGCUCGAACCUCAAAAAUCUAGAGUGGGCAAGUUCUUGGAAUGUUGAUACAAUGCACAGAAAUAAAUACACAGAAUUUCCUAUAGACCGUGUUGUAGUAAAAUGAUCUAUCUGUUUCUUGGUUGCAGGCUUGCAUCCUCAAAGCGUUUGAAUCAUUUUCUGUAUUCUGCUGCUAGGAACAGCCUCCUGGUUCCUACCUGGGUAUAGCCAAUAAAUACCCUCCGGUUAUGAAUUUAAUCCUAGAUUAAUUAGAUUUCUAGGAUCUUGUGGAUAUUUUACACCAUUGAAUUGAUAGUUUUUCUCA